AUGUACGUUAGUACGCCCAUCGUACACGUCAUGACCAGCACAGCAGGAAGCGUCGCCGGCAGGAAUGCCGUGUCGUUCGCUGUUCUGGCUCGCACCCAUCAACAUCCUUACAACGCCCUACCAUCGUCCUCCCGACGCGCCUUCUCCACCUCUCCAUUCCACCUCAAACCUGCAGUACAAGCAAAGGACCGUCCCGGCUCACCAGGUCUCAAGCAUCCCGAUGGAAGCUACCUUCUCUUCCACCCCAUCUACUCGGAGCAUGAACUGGAUAGCGUCAAAGUUGUGCACCGCGAGAGCAAGACGUUCGGAGACAAGGUAGCGAGAGCCAUGUGCACCGCUGCACGCACAGUGUUCGAUAUGGCCACGAGGUACCCGGACCACAACGGUAAGAAGUUCCCACCGCUGAAAAGGGACGUCGAAAAGACGGUGGGUCUGCCAUCGCAUCUUGCAAAGCAAGUUGAGAGGCUGAAGGAGCAAACCAAAGACGCAAGCGUCAACGCAGUUGCAGGUUCGGCAACAGCAGCAGCAGCAACAACAACAUCACAGAGCAGCACGACAUCACCAACACCGACUGCGACUAAAGUGGUCAAUCAAACUGGUGCUGAUCUUCAAGAGCUUACCAGUAACGACGGUGCAAUGACUCUACAAGAGAUGCGUGCCAAAGGGCUUUCUUUCGGGCCCGACGGUUGGCUCAAUCGUAUGAUUUUCCUCGAAAGCAUAGCAGGUGUACCUGGAAUGGUUGCUGCCACUUGCCGACAUCUACAAAGCCUCCGUCUCAUGCGACGCGACAAAGGAUGGAUUCAUACCAUGCUCGAGGACGCAGAGAACGAGAGAAUGCACCUCCUCGUUGCGCUCCAUCUCAGUGGAAAGCCCGGCUUGAUCGCGCGUACAUUUGUACUGCUUGCCCAAGGCGUAUUCUACAACUUUUUCUUCAUCUUCUAUCUGCUCUCCCCCAGAGUGGCGCACCGAUUUGUUGGUGUACUGGAGGAGGAAGCGGUGCUUACCUACUCGCUAAUCUUGGAAGAUCUCAAGGAAGGAAGACUGCCCGAAUGGGAAGACGUUCCCGCUCCCGAGAUCGCCAAGCAGUAUUGGCAAUUGGGAGAUGAGGCCAUGCUGGUCGAUGUCAUCCGAGCCAUCCGAGCUGACGAGGCGACGCAUCGACACAUAAACCACACCUUCGCUUCGCUCAAUUCGGAUGACCCUAACCCAUUCGCGUUGCGAGAGCCUCCGGCAAAGAUGCGCGCAGAGACCUACGGCUUAGAACGUGACGAGGCUCUCGAAUGGGCCAAAGGCAAGGAUCUCGAAAAUGGCUCCGAUGCUGCGACGGCGGCCGAAAAGACCGCUUGA